AUGGCCGCAGCAGACGCCACCGUGCCAGAGGAUGCCGCCCCUCAGCAAGCCAAGCAGGACAUCAACCCCUGGUCCGUGUCGGGCGAGGUGGGCGAGGACGGCAAGGUCAAGGCGAUUGACUACCGCAAGCUGAUUGACGAGUUUGGCACGUCCGAGAUUGACGAUGCGCUGCUCGCGCGCUUCGAGAAGGCGACGGGCCAGAAGCCGCACCGUUUCAUGCGCCGCGGCAUCUUCUUCAGCCACCGCGACAUGCACGCCAUUCUGGACCGCUACGAGAAGAAUGAGCCGUUUUUCAUUUACACGGGGCGUGGGCCGAGCAGUGACAGCAUGCAUAUUGGCCACACUCAAGUGUUUGACUUUGUCAAGUGGCUGCAAGAUGUCUUUGACGCUCCCCUGAUUGUCAUGCUGACUGAUGAUGAAAAGUACCUGUUCUCGGAAAAGAGGACCGUCGACGAAGUCAUUGGCUACUCGAAGCAAAACUGCAAGGACAUCAUCGCUGCUGGCUUUGACAUGAAAAAGACCUUUAUCUUUUCCGAUUUUGAAUACGUCGGCGGUGCCUUUUACAAGAACAUUGUCCGCUUCGCCAAGCGCGUCAACUUUAACACGGCCAAGGCAGUGUUUGGUUUCGACGGAAGCUCCAACAUUGGCAAGAUUCACUUUGCCAGCAUCCAGGGCGCGACGGCGUUUGCCGGCUCGUUCCCGCACAUCUUUGGCCCCGACGAGGCCAAGACGGCCAAGAUUCCGUGUCUGAUCCCCUGCGCCAUCGACCAGGACCCCUACUUUCGCCUGACGCGCGACUGCGCCGCCGGCCUCAAGUACGCCAAGCCGUCGCUCAUCCACAUGCGCUUCCUCGACGCCCUCCAGGGGCCCGGCUCGAAAAUGUCGGCCAGCGAUGACACGUCGGCCAUUUUCCUCAACGACUCGGCAAAAGCGAUCAAGACCAAGAUCAACAAGUAUGCCUUUUCCGGCGGCAAGGAGAGUGUCGAGGAGCACCGCGAAAAGGGCGGCAACGCAGACGUGGACGUUUCGUACCAAUAUCUGCAGUUUUUCAUGGAAGACGAUGCAGAACUCAAGCGGAUCAAGGAAGAAUACAACAGCGGCAGAAUGCUGACUUCCGAGCUCAAAGCCAUCUGCAUCGAGCAUCUCCAAAAAUACGUCGCCGAGUUCCAGGAGCGCCGCGCCAAGGCCACCGACGACGUCGUCGCCCAGUUCAUGGCCGUGCGGCCGCUCGAGUGGACGGGGAACCCCAAGGUGCCGCGCGCCGACCUCGUCGUGCCUGUUGCCGCCGCGGGAGCAGAGGGGGCCGCCACGGAGGGUGGCGACGGCAAGCUGACCAAGAACCAGCAGAAGAAGCUUCUCAAGGAACAGCAGAUUGCAGCGAAAAAGGCGGAAAAGGAAGCGGCCAGGGCCCAGGCGGCGGCUGACGCGGCAUAG